GGGAGGGGGUUUCGGCUACAGGGGAAGUAACUCUGGAAAAGCCGCCAUUGUGACUUGCUCUUUGUCAGUCUUCCUGGAGGGUGAAUGAAUGUUUUGAAGAUAAAGGAAUAGUGACCUUGAAGGUCGAGAAAAUGCAGCGAGCCAGGGUUUCAAACCACCCAUGCCACCGGUUGAGUGUACCAGCAGCAAAGCGAUUCUGGUGUCGCCACUGCAUGAUGGUAUUUGAAGAUGCCAUAUCACGAUGGAGGCAUAGUCGUUCAUGCCGAUCAGGUGGUUUUGACAAUUUUAUCCGAAGAAGAGAGAUUGAGACACAAGCUCUUCAAAAAAUGGCAGAAACGCUUGACCCUGAAAUAGGGAUGACACAUACAGCACUGCCUGCAAGUGAUACAGGAACUGGGCCAAGCAAAGAACUCUGCUGUUUUAUAUGUCACCAGAGAUUUUUGUCACUUGAUGAAAUGAGAGAGCAUGUCAAAUAUCCAUGCAACAGACCUUCUGUUCUUCAGCGCCCAUCUGUGACUGUUUAUAUUGAAGAGCCAACUUUUGGUACAGGUAUCCAGCAGCACUAUACAGAAGGUCCUGUCUCCAGACAGAGUACUUUCAAAGCCGUUCAGAGUGAACCUACAGAUAUUGAAAAUCCUCAUCCAGUAACUGUUUUCUUGAAUGAUGUAGAACAAGGGGAACCACAUGGUGAAGCAAAACCAACAAAUAUAUAUGUCAAUGAAAAGGGAGAGACUGUAAUUGAAGUUGAGAACUUGGAUCUAAAUACCAAAAGUGGAGAACUCUCACUUGCCCACCUUCUCACCCAACUUUCUCAGCAGGGGAUAGUUUUUGACCAGAGGCCACAUGUCAGUGCAGAACAGAGAUGUUCUGAUGAAGAAACAAAUAUUCAUGACUCAAUCCAUGAAAUUGAUCUUAGCCAGCCAACUGCUGUUGAUGCUGCCAACACUCUUACUCAACUUGCUGAAUCAGCAUUCCGUACUAGCCAACCACCUCAGAUAUAUGAAAACUGCUCACCUAACAAACAGAUGAAGAUAGAAACUGUUGAUGAUCAGUACUCCCUACAGAAAGUAGAGCAGAUACCUUUCCAUAACGUUGUGCAAGAUAACAGUGAACGUAAAAUACCUGCUGGCCAGAACUAUAUCAUUUGUGCAGGUGAAUCAGAAGUAAUUAGUGUUGUACAAACAGGCAGCUUACAUCACGCAGAUAAUUUGUCAGACAAUGAUAUUGUUUCCAAAGUUCAUACCUCAGCAGAUUAUGUAGCACCUGGCUGUGAAGAAUCACUUCAUGUUGUAGGAACUGCUGCGGUUUGUCAAACAGAUAUUAUUGUAGGUGAGGAAUCUAGUGUUGUGCAAGAAUCUGACCACUUUCAGACCCCUUGCAGAGUGGAAACACAGCAAGCACAUAAAUCUUUGACAAACUACGUGGAAGAGCCAUCUUCCAUUCUUAAUAUGCAGCAGGAGCAAUCUUUCCAGGGUUUUGAAGGUGACAUUAAUGAGGUGCAGCAUGCCCAGAAUGAAUAUCAAGUGAUGUCUGGUAACCAUAGCAGUCAUCUGAAUGGUGAAAAGCCAAUGGUCUCUCAUCAGCAAGAAGCAGUAUAUUUUGAUAAAGAUGAUAACAGGAUAGAUGUUGCUGCAACAAGCACAGUAUCAGAAAAUGAUAAUACUUGUAUCAGUUCAGUUCCAUUAUACUGCCAUCCAGACUGUGUUUGAUACAGUGUGUAAGCUGAGCAUUUCAAAUAGUGAAACAUUUUAAAAAAUAAAAAAAGGAUUGUUUGGAGCUUUAAUGCAUCACUACUUACAAUUCAUGCAGUGGUUCAGAUCCAAAUGUGUCACCAGAUUCACUGCAUCAUAAGUGGCACAUGCAUUAGUCUGAGGUCGUUGAUAGUAAAAGGACACAAAAGCUGUAAGUUCGAUAAUAUGUGUAGAUUGUAAUUUUGUACAUGUCAGAAUGAAUAACAACCCUAUUGUUUAAAUUUUCUUUUGUUAUAAUUCUUUUUAUUAGUAACAAGGUUGAAGAGAGUCAAGACAGUAUGUAAUUAUGAUUUGUAACAGUAUUUGUCUUGACAGCAGGAUGUAUUUAGUUAUCCUGUUCUGUAUUAUUUGUUCUGUUUGAUUAUUUCUUAUCUCCCAUCGUUAAGAAUUCAGUGAGAACUUCAUGGAAGGAAUACUAUUUUUCUUUCUUAAAACUAAUUUUUCUUAGUAUAACUCUUGAUACAAGUGUAGAGGUUUUUAAUGAUAUUAUUUCUGGAACAGUAAACAAAACUUCUGCUUUUAAAAUAAAACAAUUUCUUAAAGUAGCCCAUUUCUUUUUAUUUGGCUUGGUUCUAGGUUCAAGCGAUGAAGGCCUAUUGUUAUACAUACCAUUGCUGUAAACAAGAUUUACUGCAUGAGUAGAUUUCAGAUAUUUUGGCUCAUGAUAAGUAGCGUGGAACAAUAAUGCUGUCCAGUAAUUUUUUGUGUACUUACCUGUGAUUUUUAUGGCUGUUAAUUGGCUUAGUGAAUGCUUGAUAUUUAAAAAGAAAAUGUUCUGCAACAACAAAUGAUAAAAAAAAGCAGUUAUUUCAUUACAGGCGGUCCUCGGGUUACGUCAGCCCCGAGUUAAGAUGUUUCGUGAUUAUAACACAUCUCCCAUUUACUGUAUAAAGCCCUGUUUCGACUUAAGCGGUUUUGCAUCGUAACGCGAUAUAUUUAUAUUUUAUAUAUAUAUAAAAUUUGUUUUUAUUUUAUAUGUCCUUUUUUUAUAAUUACUGUGUUAGGAUAGGAUAAGUGCUUACAGUAUGUUAUUUACGUGCGGUAUGUACAUGUGUUCCAACUUGCAGGGAAAAUCGGUUUAUGAUAUGACAUAGGAAUGGAACGUCGUAAGUCGAGGACCGCCUGUAUUCUUAGAGAGCAGGGAUUGUCAACUCAUAAAUCAUUAUUUAGUACAUAGCGAAUUCCUGCUGCUUCUUGCAUACCUUGCAAAGUCAGCUAUUUCAUCUGCAAAGUUGUGGCUUAAAUAUAUGUAUUCAUUGUUAAUUAAAAAUCUAUUUGUAACCAAAAUAUUACAGUUACCACAAAAAUAUGAACAGCUUUAUGAGUCAUAUUUAUCUGAACCAACUUACUGAUCACUUGUAAGGCAUGCUUCUGCAGCUGUUAACCCCUUGAGACAAAAGAUUACCUUAGGAACUACUGUUUCUCUUCUUAUUUAAACAAGUUAAACUUUAUAAUGAUAUAAUUAUUGGAGGCGAUUUUCUUUUCACUUAGCAUCCAGACAGAUUCAAAUUACUUAAAACACUUUAAGCAUGAAUAUUUUCAGUGCCAUACAUGUCUACAGACAUAUAACUCCACAGUCAGUUAACAACUGUAGGUGAGCAGUGCAUUGCUGAUGGUACCUCUUAUCUAGCUGCACCGACAGUAUAAAUAUGUGGAUUCCCUGUUGUGAUAUAAGAGUAAAGUUGUACAUCCUGUUCAUUUAAGCAAAGUGUAGGUUAAUGCAGAGACAUUACCAAAAAAAAAUGCAUAAAAUUAAUGAUGGGAAGCGUGUGCAUUAAUUUCAUUCUAAAUGUAUGGUUUGCUAUUUGCUUUAUCAACACUUAGAUCAGUGGUGCCCAACCUUUUCACGCCCGAGGGCCAGACUGGACAUAUAUAAAAUCUCGUGGGCCAGAACAUGCCAGUUUUGCCAGAAUCAUGAUGUUAAAAAGGAAAUUAUGUUGUGUCUGGUUAAAAUGAGUGGGCUGUAGGUUGGGCACCCCUGACUUAGAUUAUCAUUAAAACCUUGUAGAUCCUGCUAUUAGCUAGGAUGGGGAAGAUUUAUAUCAUUUGGUCUUGCAGAUUUAAGCAGAUUAUUUUUAUUAAUAUGCAGUAUGAUUGUGUGGGAAGUUCCUUGUCAGUUUAAGUUGCAGUUGUUUGGGAAGAACAUACAGCAAUUUUCAUUUCUCAUUAAAUUGACAACCUACUUCAUAGCAAAGUAUUGUAAUGCUGAAAAAUAGACAUGCUGUUGUACAAAUUGCUACAUCAUGCCAGAGAAGCUUGAUAAGAAAAAUUUUUGCAUGCAUUCUGUCUUUUGAAUUACCUUAUAGAAAUAGACACAAACUGUUUGUGGACCAAGCAUGUCAAAUUGAGGGUUCCCAAAGGUCCAUAUUGGUCACAUGUGUGUUGUCAUGAGAGCCGCACAUGUGUACAGUGUACUUGCAAAGGGCUGUUUGUUUGACAUGCCUGGUUUAGACAGUAUCCUUUUGGCCAAAAAAUUAAAAUAUGUACAUAUGCAUGAUGUUUGUUUCUACUUACUAAAAGAUAACUCUGAAUGCAAAUAAACAUUCUACAAAUGUCAUCCCCUAGGUUUAUUUCUGUCAGUUGUAUAUUUUGUUUUACUUAGAAGAUUUUUACUUAAUUUACUUUGUCGGUGCACUAAGUCAUCAUUACAUUAUGCUGUUCAUUAAUGUGAUGUACAUAGUGACUUUUUUAAAGAAAGUUCUUUUUGGACUGCACCCAUUAACAAUUGGAACACCUCUAUGUAUUGAUUGCUUUUGGGCAGCAGAUGAGGCAUUGGAUCUGGUGACAAAUACUAGCACGACCUUUAUUGGGUAGGUGAUGUGUGGCAAAGUCAGCACUAAAUCUGCACCCUUUCUUUUUCUUUUUCUUUUUUUUGGACUUGCUUGUGAAAAUAAAGUGAGUCAACAAA